UGUGUAAGAAAAAGGAGGGGCUGAUUUUAAUAUCAACUCCACUUUUUUGCUCUUUGUUAGUUUAAGACGCUUUAAAUCGCGGUGUGCGUAUUACGGUACGCUGUAAACGACUUUUGGAUUGAAUCAAAAGCGCCGCAUUUAGCCAAAUUAUUGUGUCCGUAUAGCACAAUGUGACCUAUUUGCCGUUCCAUAGGUGAGACGGUCGAUUGGACUGUAGGUCUGUUUGCUGGUCAGUCGGUUUGCUGGGCUUUGGCACUGAGUUCUCACCGCACGCUGUUAUGGAGGAAUCCACUCAGAUCUCUAACGCCACGUCGCGUUGAUAUCAGCCAGGCUCUGAGCAAAGCCCGAAGAUUCUGCUGUCAUUAAAGGUUUAGUUCGCCUUCUCAUUGAACUUGCAAAAAAAAAAAAAAAAACUGAUGAGCACGCUGAUCGGGUUGCGACUCUUUUUGAGGUGGAUGGCAUUAUUCGUGCUCUUCGGACUCUUCCUCAGUCUACAAAUUUCUGCGUCUUGCAGUGGCUCGAGAUCGAGUCGAGAGGACGACGAGCGCUUUCGGGUUGAACAAGCCGCAGCUUUCAGACCGAAGAAACCUCCACAUAUCAUCUUCAUACUGACAGAUGACCAGGGUUUCAAUGACAUCGGUUAUCACAGUAGGGAGAUCCGCAGCCCAACGCUGGAUAAGCUGGCUUCAGAGGGAGUGCGGUUGGAGAAUUAUUAUGUCCAGCCGCUGUGCACCCCGUCCCGCAGCCAGCUCAUCACAGGCAGAUAUCAAAUUCACACUGGCCUCCAGCAUUCCAUCAUCAGACCCCGUCAACCCAACUGCCUCCCUCUGGAUGCGGUCACUCUCCCUCAACGCUUACAGGAAGCUGGCUACUCCACUCACAUGGUGGGGAAGUGGCAUUUGGGCUUCUAUCGGAAAGAUUGUUUGCCCACACGUCGUGGAUUUCACACCUACUUCGGUUCAUUGACUGGCAGCGUGGACUAUUAUACAUAUGGCUCAUGUGACGGCAAGUCAUUGUGUGGCUUUGACCUACACGAAGGUGAGUCAGUGGCAUGGGGGAGAGGGGGGAAGUACUUAACUCACCUCUACACCCAGAGAGUGCGCAAAAUCUUAGCAACGCACGACUCAAGCAGUCAGCCUCUUUUUAUCUUGCUUUCCCUUCAGGCAGUGCAUACACCUCUAAAGCCACCCAAAGAAUACAUCUAUCCAUACCGCCGCAUGGGCAACGUUCCCCGCAGGAAAUACUCAGCCAUGGUUUCUAUUGUUGACGAGGCAGUCCGGAACAUAACUUAUGCGCUGCGCAAGUAUGGCUUCUACCGCAAUAGCGUUGUCAUCUUCUCCACUGACAAUGGAGCCCAGCCACUCACGGGGGGCAGCAACUGGCCCCUACGAGGGUGCAAGGGAACGUAUUGGGAAGGUGGUAUUAGAGCAGUGGGUUUCGUGCACAGUCCCUUGAUACGCCAACGAAGAAGGGUCAGCAGAGCCCUUAUACACAUUACAGACUGGUAUCCAACCCUUGUUGGACUUGCUGGGGGGAAUGUGUCACAGCAUCAGGGAUUAGAUGGGUUUGAUAUUUGGCCUACCAUUAGUGAAGGGAAAGAAUCCCCACGAAUGGAAAUUCUUCACAACAUCGACCCUCUAAACCGGCGCAGUCGGAGCUCAGUCAAGGAGGGCCAUGGACUGUGGGACACAGCCGUGCAAGCGGCCAUUAGAGUGGGUGACUGGAAGCUGUUGACGGGCGACCCUGGCCAUGGGGAUUGGGUGCCGCCCCAGGUUCUUACAAACUUCCCUAGCAGCUGGUGGCACCUGGAGCGAUAUACUGGAGAAAAAAGGAAAUCAGUUUGGCUCUUCAACAUUACAGGUGACCCUUGUGAACGCCACGACCUUGCAGUGCAAAGGCCUGACGUUGUCAAGGAGCUACUCGCACGGCUAGCAUUAUACAAUCGCACAGCAAUACCUGUUCGCUACCCGCCAGACGAUGCCCGUGCUAACCCUAGUUUGAACGGAGGUGCAUGGAGACCUUGGAUAGGUGAAGAUGAAGAGGAGGAAAACUGGGAUGGAAUUUAUUAUAAGAGAGGAAAGAAUCGCAAAAGGAAAUGUAGGCUCUGCAAGUUACAAUCUUUCUUCAAGAAGUUUAAUUUAAAGGUCAUGUCAAAACAGAUAUAAGAUUCUUCUGUUAUUUAACAUCACUUACAAUAAUUUAACCUAACUUAAAUGUUGACCGUGUAUAAAACCCCACUUAUUUUAAACGAGAUGUGUAGAUCAUGCUUUUGUUUAAGACAUAAGCUAAGCUCAUUAGCAAACUUAUGUCAUCAAGACAUGAGUGUUAAAUUUGCCUGAGAAAUCUUUUUUUUUUUUUUUUUUUGAAUGGUCGACCAGUUGUUGCCAGAUGUCAACUUUGUAUUGAAGAAUGAAGGCAAAUUGCUCAAUUUCAUGGUAAAAUAAUAGAGUCAGCUGUAUAGGAGAACUUGUCUUUAGAUUGGCAAGACAAUAGUUGCAUCCCAAAUGACGCACUAUACAGUAUGCACUUAUACUCUAUGUACUUGUGUACUCAACCGUGUAGUGUAUGAAUUUUAUAAGGUUAUUUUGUCAUUCAACAUCAGAGUUUGUUAGCCCCUCCCCCUCUGCUACGUAAUUAAAGGGCACCAAUUAUGCAAAAUUCACUUGUACAUGGUAUUUGAACAUAAAUUGUUGGGAGUGUGUACACAACCACCCUAUAACGAUAUAUCCUCUUUUUUUUAAUCCCCAUAAAUCAUAAGCAGUGUCUCAGAACAAGCCGUUUGCAGAUUCUGGGCAAAGUGACAUCAGUUUGCACAAGCCCCGCCCAUGACUGCUGACAGACUCUGCCAUAUUAGCAUAGACCCAGCCCUGAGCGAGUUGUACACAGUCCGCCAUUUUCUCCAGGCUGGAGCAGCUGUAGCGACAACAGUGUCUCGAAAGUGAUUGAGGUGUUUUGUUGUUGGAUGUAAAAGUGAACAUAACAGUCUCCAUGUGCUCCUGACAUCAGAGCCGCUGAAGACGCAGUGGAUUAGUUUUGUUUUUGAAGAGAAUGCGCCCCCAUAUACUUAAAUUUGUUUAUGUCUGCACGAAUCAUUUUACACCAGACUGCUUUGUGAACGAGGGUCAAUACAAAGGGACAAUACAAAAUAGGUUUUGCUAAAACAUUGUUAGUCAAAUAUGGAUCGGUACCAACUGUUUGUGAUCCAGCUUAUAGUCUCCAGGGGCCGUAUUCACAAAACAUCUUAAGGCUAAAAGUAGCUCCUAACUUACCGAUUUAGGAGAAACUCUUAAAAAUAAUGGGCGUGUCAGUCGUAAUUUUAGGACUCUAUUUUCGGAUUUCACAUUUUAGCACUAAAACUAGCUCCUAAAUCUGUGAAAUGUUAGAAGUAGUCAAGAGGACUCCUAAGUCACUAAGACCAAAUCACAAACAAUCCUAAUGGCCAUUGCUGCCAAUCCGCCUCAGAAAUCCGCCCAAAGACACUGUACAUCAUUGAGGCAAUAGCGAUAGAGCCUUGGGUGCUGAAGCUUUUCUUUAUAAAUUCAAUAAAUAUUUUGAUUUAUAGAUUUGAAGCUACAAUAAAACAUAAAAAAUAAAUCUUUAAUACAUAAAUAAACAAUGUCCGAUUACCUGUGGCAGUUGUUUUCACGAGUUCACACUUACAAAUGAUUGAACAGAGUAAAAAAAAUAUAUAAUAAGCGUAUUUGGUGUGCUGUCCAAGGGGAUCAAGGGCUCCAAGCUUGGAAUUUAGGCCAAACCCAGAGUUCUCCCCCGUAGCUGAGAGUGAGGAGCAGGGUGGCUGAGGGAUGCAGAAAACUGUCGAGGUAACUAUAGGUGAUUUGGCUCUCGGCUGUUAAUAUAUACCUCCUCUCGAGCUGAUUAGAUAGAGCGCUUGAACGCGCUCCUCCCAAACUUGGUUUAUAAAAUAUAAUUUGUCGCUUGAAUUCUGCAUUCUCUCGAGACACAUACAUGUAAGAUGCUGACAGCUGAACAUAUACUAGUUUUAUUAGUGACGCUUAGCCUACAUUUUUAUUUGAAUAUGGCAACAUUCGUAUUUUAAAACCUUUAUUUGUAUAUGGCAACAUGAUACCUCAUUCUACAAUAUUUCUAUGAUUAAAUCGCUGACAUCAGCCAAUCACUGAGGGCAUAGUUAGUAAGUGUGUUGACAUCAUCCAGAGCAACAAGGUCAACCCCGCCCUUUCUCUUAGGUUAAGACUUCUGUCUAUUCCUUAGUAAAAGUUUGUCUCAGCAGCUUUGUGAAUAGGUUUUAAGAGAAAACUCUUAACUUAGAACUUUUUCUGCCAUUUAGGAGAACUCUUAGUGGUAGGAUAAAAUGUUUUGUGAAUACGGCACCAGAGCGAUACUGGAUACGGCAGUAAAUGAAAGGGAGAGCACACACUUUAUAACAUUUCAUCGGAGUUGUUUUACAGAUAAAAAGUAUACCGGUUUAUUAAGCACCCCCCGAAAAGGCAUAAGGUCUGUAUAUAUUUGUUUACUGUUAGUUGUAACGAGUGUUUUUGUGUAAUUCUCUGUGUAUGUUGAUGAUAAUGCAAGGGAGAGAGAGUUUAUAGAUAAAAGACUUUAAUGUAACUUGUACUGUGUUUUAUUCAGCUCUUACUGUGAUAUUCUGGAGUGAAAACAGACACUUCAUCUUUUGUGUGAUGCACAAUAAACUUCAUAAAACUCA